CCCUUGCUGGGAACAGCUGUGCCAUGCUGCAUUCUCACCACGGUUACGUGCCAGGGUGCGGUACCUUCUAGAAACAGCACAUUGGAAGUCGCCCACUGUGUCCAGCCCUUGCUGAAUACCUCCCAGUCUCCACGCAUCCAGUGUGAGGUCCCUCUAGCUACAAGGUGGGCACCAUGACUGAGAAGUUCGACUGCCACUACUGCAGGGACAACCUGCAGGGGAAGAAGUACGUGCAGAAGGACGGCCACCACUGCUGCCUCAAGUGCUUCGACAAGUUCUGCGCCAACACCUGCGUGGAUUGCCGGAAGCCCAUCGGCGCCGACUCCAAGGAGGUGCACUAUAAGAACCGCUACUGGCAUGACACCUGCUUCCGCUGUGCCAAGUGCCUUCACCCCUUGGCCAACGAGACCUUUGUGGCCAAGGACAACAAGAUCUUCUGCAACAAGUGCACCACUCGGGAGGACAACCCCAAGUGCAAGGGGUGCUUCAAGCCAAUCGUGGCAGGAGAUCAGAAUGUGGAGUACAAGAAGACUGUGUGGCACAAAGACUGCUUCACCUGCAGCAACUGCAAGCAAGUCAUCGGGACUGGAAGCUUCUUCCCCAAAGGGGAGGACUUCUACUGCGUGACCUGCCACGAGACCAAAUUUGCCAAGCACUGCGUGAAGUGCAACAAGGCCAUCACCUCUGGAGGAAUCACUUACCAGGAUCAGCCCUGGCAUGCCGAGUGCUUUGUGUGUGUUACCUGCUCUAAGAAGCUGGCUGGGCAGCGUUUCACCGCUGUGGAGGACCAGUAUUACUGCGUGGAUUGCUACAAGAACUUUGUGGCCAAGAAGUGUGCUGGAUGCAAGAACCCCAUCACUGGGUUUGGUAAAGGCUCCAGUGUGGUGGCCUAUGAAGGACAAUCCUGGCACGACUACUGCUUCCACUGCAAAAAAUGCUCCAUGAAUCUGGCCAACAAGCGCUUUGUUUUCCACGAGGAGCAAGUGUAUUGCCCCGACUGUGCCAAAAAGCUGUAAAGCGACAGGGGCUCCUGUCCCGUAAAUGGAACCGAGUCUUGUUCUUGUGUCCUCGCCCUCUGCCCUGCACCACCCAUAGGGCCAGGGUGGCCUCUCACCUCUCAAGUUGCUUCUUCUGUCUUUGCUCCCAUUUUACAGUAUCGCUCAGAUAAGGGCACACAGAGAUCAUUCUAGGAUGUAGCAGCGCAGUCCCCGUCUCCGCGGCUGCGGUGACAACACGAACACGUAGAUAGGUUGACUCUCCUGCAUGUGUAUCAUAGAGCGAAAACGUGCUAACCAUUUAGCUGCUUAGUGACUUAAGCAAGAAGCAUGACACACAAGCCCCCCCGCCCCCCUGAGCCGCGUCUCGCGGCUCAGCCGGGACCCACCGUGUCCUCCGGACACGCGAGAGUUGCAGCGGCUGCUCCAACUCGGCUGCUCACCUGUUCCGUGAGCAGGAAGCGAACUGAACAAAAUGCAUGGUUGAACUUCCUCCUCGAGCUCUUCCUCCCGUUCUUUUGUGCUCUCAAACGACUAACACGAAAUUGCCAGAAAGUUAACAUUUGAACUUUGCUGUAAUUCUAAACUGGCCUUUCUCCCCCACCGCCCCCCGUACUAACCUUCGGUUUCCCCGUGUGGCGUGUUUUCUGAACGUUCCUGCUUUCGAGCGUGGACCGUGCAGGUGAUUUGGGAAAGUGUAGGCAGACCGGAGAAAACGAGCCUGUUUCACAGGAACAUCGUCACGGUGAACACUUCUGGAAGCUUAACGAAACUAACCCAGCUGUCCCUUUUUGUUUUUCUUUUUUAAUACUCUUCUGUUUUAAUUGAUAGUAACAUAGUUUAUGGGUUUGGAGACGUGCAUGUCGGUAUUUCAGCCCCUCAGACGUUCCUGCAGGUUUGCAAUUUGUCCCACCGAGGUAGCCAUCACACUCUAGAGCAGGCGCCAGGCGGUCUGCGGCAUGGAUAGGACAUUUCCCAGCAGCGACCCGAGCGGGGUCCCUUGUAACGUAGCCGUCGUCUGCUCCUUGUCUGUGCGGCAAAGAGGCACGCCAAGUCCCUUCUCUCGUGAUUCUUAGGACUCUCCCUCGAGAGCUCAGCUGGACCUCGGGGGGAGUGGCUGCCACCCUCACAGACACAGCCGGACCUCCACGCACGCAGUGCUUACCUGAGACGCAGGCUCACCUAACUUACUGCAUUCUUCUCGACAUUGUUAUAUUACAUAGUAUGAGACAGUAUCAGAAGUAAACACGUAAUGACAGUGCAUAUUAACAUUCUUGUAGGAGUGGUUAGACAAGCCGACGCCUCAUUUCUACAUUUUGUCAUUAGCUAUUAUCUUCAAGUUCCAGUGUAUCCUUACAGAAAUAAAGCAGCAAUAUAAAUAA